UUCCAAUAGCAAUCAGGCAGCAUGCAUCCCAUAGCACAAGUGGUAGCGCUGCCGGCCCGCUGUGACAUAAACAACACUAAAUCCUUGACCUUAAACUUUAUAAGCUGCUACUGCUUGAGAAAACCACGUCAAUCUAUUUGGAUUUGUUGAUAAAAAAUUGGGUUGCAGAUCAAAAUUGAUUGUGCAGAAGGCAGCUAGAAAAAGCGUGCACAUUAAAGUUUUCAAUUAUCCUUUAAAUAAUAGAAUUAAGCAACAAACAAAAUGCCGAAAGCUGAGAAAGUGAAAGUAAAUGUUAAGGAAAGGGUCGAUGAUAAUGUUUGUGAUUUGAGCUUGAGUGGAAUUAAUGAGAUACCGGUGCGAGAGAUAGCUUCUUUUAAGCGGGUUACUGUGUUGGACUUGUCGAGCAAUUGUAUCACUUCAUUGGGAAAAAGUUUCAUCACGCUAACACGUCUCGUCAAAGUUGACUUAAGUAAAAACCAAAUACGUUAUUUACCAGAGGAAUUUGGUUUACUACGGAAUUUGCGACAUUUGGACUUGUACGAUAAUAAAUUGGAGCAUCUGCCACUAAGUUUUGGUAAUUUAACAAAUUUACGAUAUUUGGAUUUGAAAGGCAACCCAUUAACGCCAGCACUAGCUAAAGUGGUUGGUUUCUGUCUCACCACCAAAGAAUGUCAGGAUUCAGCUAGGAAUACCGUGAAAUUUUUGAAUCGCAUGCAAGCCGAAGCGGAAAAGGCUAAAGAGCAGUACAAACUCGAAGCGCUAACGACCGCUACUGCUCCAACUGAGGAUAUUGGCGUCGAAGAGAAACCGCUUGAAAAUGCAAAAUCAAAGAAAUCAACUGCUAAGAAAGCUAAGUCGAAAUCAAAGAAAGCAAACACCAACAACAAUAACAAUGAUAUAAGCGCUGAAGUGAAAAUUGCACCAACAAAUGCCAACAGCAAGGCUACGAAAUCCAAAAAACAUGGAAAUGGUGCAGCGAAAAAGUCCAUAUCCAAAUCGAGCACAGCACUUACAACUGUUUUCACAUUCUUCAUACUGCUGGCCAUUAAUGUCGUGGUUAUUUACAUGAUUAUGUUCAAGAAUCCCGAAAUAGCCGAUCGCUUGGUAGAGUUUAUACCACAUCAAUACCGCGAUUGGAUACUGACUAAAACGGAAAUUUUCCGUCUUCGUGUCACCGACUGGAUUUCGGAAUUUCGCACACCGCCACAGGAACACUGACGGUUCAUUUAUUUGAAGCCGUAAGUUAUGUGACGCGCUUCAAAUAAAACGCCAAGAAAAUGAAAGUUGGAGCAUUUUUA